CUCCAAGAGGCGCUGUGUCUGAAAGUGUGGGAGUAUAGGCCGAUAAGUAUCAAUCAACUAACUGUUGUGUUUCUCUUUUGAAAGGUGCGAUACUCUGCCGCGAAAAUGACCUUCGCGUUAGCCGGUGACGUCCUCUAUAUCAUCUUGGAUAUCCUGGGCGAUGAGAAGGAUUACAACAGCCUUUUCCAAUGCGCAAUCUCCUCGCGGUGCUUUACGGAGCAUUCCUUAGCUGUAUUAUAUAAGCUGUGUGAUACUUCGCCAGUGAGGGGCGGAGGAACAGAGGACGAGCAGUUCAGGUCCCGGAGAGUGGCCACCACUUGGGGCAGUACCAAGGGCGAACAAGAUCCUGCCAUACGAAAGUGGGCUUUACUGUGGCGGUCUAUUGUCCUGUCUACUUUGGAUCAGACCUACCUACCCUACUACAGCUAUAUUCGCUAUCUUGAUCUGGAUGACUUUGCGGACCUUCUCAGGGACCCCGGGUUCACGGGGGAGGUGAAGGAGGAUUUCUUUACUCCGGAGCUCCUAAAUUUUGUCUCCCACGACUAUCAAGCCAAGGGAAACAAGCGGCUCAGGUCAUCGAGGCUUGUUCCUGACAAUGAUUGGGUCAUGGUAACGAUUGGCACGGCAAUCGUCCAGAAAACAAUGUCAAUACGAGGAAUGUCUUGUAACGUUCGACCGGAAACCCUUUCGGCAUGGAUCGAAGAUUUGCCCUUGCUGCAAUCUCUGACCAUCUGGUCAGGGGACGCUCUUAGCCAACAUGCUGGCGAUAAACUUCGCAACCACUGCCCUGCUUUCAAACACCUUACGAUAUAUGGAUGGAAGAACAACCCUCCCAGGACCGCAGAAGCAGACUGUGAACAGUUCUUGAACGAAUUGCGCCCCAAUACGCUAGAGUACUUUGAAAUACUCAGUUACUCUCAAUUAGGGCCUCGCUCCAUUAAAAGCAUAGGCUCGCAUCUAAAUUCUCUAGCAGAGCUGAAGUUGACAAGUCUCACCAUCGAGUCGAUCGCUGAGCUGCCAUCACUAACAGCGGCACCAGCGUUGAAUGUGCUGGUACUGACAGACUCAAUACCAGCUGCACGGGACGAAAAUUUCUACGCUGUCGUCAGGCGAGUUGCUGAAUGGAUGUGCAGUUGCAGAUCAUUGAGGCGCUUAGAACUCAGGCGAUUCGUCGACGACUCCUUCUUGCUAUCGCAGGUUCUAGCCGACGAAGGGAUUCAUCUAACCACCCUAUCCCUAGCUGGAUAUGCAAUGGUGGACGGCCGCGCAUUCCACGAAGCUCUCGCCUGCCAGCAAACCUUGCAAAAUCUCUAUCUUCGCGGUGAAGCGAGUGAGUUUAUGCAAGGCAACGAAUUACUUGUACAAGCGAUUAGCCAGCUCAACAACCUCCGUGAACUGGAACUUAAAGACAUAUCUGAUUGCUUUACCACGGACCAUGUGAUCGCCAUGACACCGUAUCUUCCUCACCUUGAGAGGCUCUGGAUAAGCGGUGAUUUCUUCGAUGAUGGGGCGCUCAAUACGUUCCUGUGUCUGCCAAAGCUCCAAAGUCUUGCGAUCCACGCCUUCAGCAGAUUUACUGCCGAUGGUAUACUCGGCUUCAUAUCACAACUGGGUCCCGGGAAUAGAGGCUUCAAUCUAACCAUCCUAAACGCAGUAGACAGCUCUCUCACCGAGGAAGCCCAAAACGUGAUCCGUGACACUCUGAAGGUGAGUCUAGAUGGGUCAUUCGAUUAUGGUCUCGCUCAAGAAGAGUAUAGCGACACGGAUUCAGACGAAAUGUACGAGUGAAAGUUGGAUAGUAGAUUUGGAAGCAUUUUUGCACGGGCUAGUGUCCAAAAGCACUGCCAUGGUAGGAAAUC